CUCUCGGCGUGCCCAGUCCGGCGCCGCCCGCUCUGCAGUCCCGAUGGCGCCGCCGCCGGCCCGGUCCGCGUGCGCCCGUCUGCUGGUCGGCCUGGCGGCGUUGCUGGCGCUGCACCACCGACCGCUGGCCUCCGCUGGCCCGCUGGCCGAACGGAGCUGGCUGGAGGGCGGCCAGCCGACCGCGCUGCUGCCCGUGCCUCGACCAGCGCCCCAGGUCGCUCCGGACUGGCUAACUCAGUAUGUCUCCGAUCUCCAUGACCGGAGUCAGCCGUCGGGGCUGGCAGCGCGGCCUCAGCAACCAGAGUCGGAGCUGCGGCUGAACGGCCUUCCGCGCAGCUCGGCCGCCGAGCUGCUGGAGCUGCUGCCCAUGGCGCGGCCGCCGGCGGCGCUGAGCAAGCGGCAGAUCCGCUACCACCAGUGCUACUUCAACCCGAUCGCCUGCUUCCGGAGGCGGAAAUAACACGACGGUCGGACGUGGGACCAUGACGAAGGUACCGGUAACCGGUGGCCACGCAGCGCUGGCGAAUUGCCAUACGACCUGGGUGAAGGGAUAGGAGCGUCCUGAAGAUCAGAACAUCGGGCAAUUGGCUGCUCCUGACGAGUUCGACGACUGUGACAGUAAAUAUCGGUGACGAUAAACUGUGAAAGCGAUUUCCAGAAGACACAAUGCAGUUCAGGAGGAAAUGGGAAAUCAUCAUUGUGAACGUUGCCAAUUAGAUUCGAAUGCAUUGCGUUUUUUGCGUAUCGCCCAACAUCGAUAUGGACAAUCCAUGAUAUUUGCUAUAGCUAUAGUUAAAUACUCGGUAAUUAGAAAAAGGAAUUCUUCGACCAUCGACUAGCCACAAAGUUCCGUUUUCUAUUUGACACCUCACCUUAAAACAGACAAUUCAAACAAUGUUAUUAAUAUCCAAACUGUUAUACGGGAAGCAUUUGAAUUAAAGAGAAUUGAAGAAGCUGAACCAGCAAUAUUGAACGUUUCGGUACGGAACCAUGUGUUGCCAAGGAGUCAUUCCACAUAAAGGGCUCUUGGCAUCACACUGAACGAAAGAAUUGUUUGCACAGCAAUAGCAUAUACCUAUUUCUUGUCACUUCUGAACGAAAGAGGCGAUGCAUGGUAAGCCCUGAAAGCAAGAUCUGGAGAAACUAUUGCUCGAAGUGAGUAAAAGAUACAACUGGCCACAGAUACCGACUUGUAGAAUAAUUCCCAACACAAAACAGCAUCCACACAUAAAGUUGGAAACACCAAGGAACUGGAUUCAAAAAGAUGACAGGGGAGAAUCAAAUUCAAAGUCCUUGCGCAACCAAAUGUGCACCAGGGUCGCAUCCCUCGCCAACAUUGGGCUGGUAAAAUCACGUGACUCAACUUCCGGACAGAGUGCGACUGGAGGGGAGGCUGGAAGAGGGCGACCGAGAUAACACCGGCGCCGGGCUCUCUGAGACCGCGACAGUCGGCCGAGGCCGGCGGUCAGCCAUCUGUAUCGCUCUCUAUAUGUACACGUGCCUACGGGCGCCGCCCGGCAGUCGCCUAGGGUGCCGGGCGGGCAGGUAUAGGCACUCGGACGCUGUGACCACAAGGAGGAGGUCACGUGACCCCACUAACGACGAAUGUGCUCUGGCCGGCGCGGCCGGCGGCGAGCCGCUUUGUAUCUCGGUGCGUGUCGUGUGUACAGUAGUUUGUUUUCGUGUCGUGUGGUGUGCUCCCAAGUAAGUAAACAUGUUGCAUUUAUCGUAAUACAUUUGUCGCAAAUA